ACGGGCAACACGCGAAGAGGUUUAACUCUGUUUUAUUUCUGAGAAAACAUAGGAACUGAAAAAUGUACAGUAAAAACAAAACAAAACAACAUGUUAUAAUAUUUGGUGACAUUUUACAAUGACGAGAGAAGCUUGAAAGGCGGCGGGGUGGACUCCCACCAAUUUGUUAAAACGGAAUAAUUAUGUUUCUUUAAACCCGAGCGAGCGAUCCAUCUGUUCAAUAAACGAUCUUUUGCGUUCUUCAGUUCAAAUCAGCCACAUCGCUCUCGCGCUCUAUGCCCUCCCGCGUUAGUUUCCGGGUUUUCCUCUACAAUUCCUAGCAACGCUUCUUGGACAUGAGCAGGAGCCAUUGCGCUCACUGUGAAGGAUUAAUAACAACAACAACAUGGAGCCCCGAGAGAGGGAGGCGGCGCCUUCUCCAUUGCCAGCAGAUGAAGAUGCGAGUCAGUCUGUUGGACAAACAUCCUUAAAUCUACUGGCUCAAAGUCAUAGACAUGCCAGUCAGGACCAGAGGCAGCGCAGGCUGGAAACAGAUGAGUGGGAGCUUCAAAAGCCACGGGGGCGCCGUUUACAGUCAGAAUUUCAGGACAGUAACCUGUCUCCAGCUCUUUCACUGUUGCCUUCAAACUCUGGAGUGGAACACAACUUCACUGAAUAUUCUUUAUUCCAGCAAAGUGACAACGAAUUUGUCCCUUUAAGGGCCUACCCAGACAUUUCCGUGGCAUCAGAAAGAUUUAACGUUCCACUCUGGGAUCGCACCACUCUGGCCUCUGAGUGUGGUUCACUGUCCCAGCACCCUUUGGCCCAGGCGACCAUCCUGUCUGAAGGAGUGAGCAGCUGCUGCUCUCUUUCUCAGCACAGUGUGUCACUCAUAGAAGAAGGCAGACAUAAGGAAACUGUUCACUCCCCACCGAUUGCUACCACUGACAGACCGGGAGUACCAUCCAGAGAUAAAGACAGUAGCAGAGAGAAGGACUUUAAGAUGCACACUGACCCUCCAGAUAAGCCAGUAGGAGAGGCUGCUGAAGAUGAGACAUUCUUCCUGAGUAAGGAUAUUGCUGCCCAGCAUCUUCUGAAACUUCUUCAGAAAGAUAUUGGCAUGCCAAGCAGCAGCAGUAGUAGUGCUGUUUCCUCCAACUCAGAGACCUCUGUGAAGGCUGCUGCAUCUUAUUCCGAACAAUCUAAAAGCACGGAAGUUUGUAAACCAGCCACUGACCAAAGCAUGGUUAGAAGAGAAGGUCCUCCGGGUGAAGCUUCUCUUCCCCAGCAGCAGACGCAACAAACCAACAAAGAUUUAUACUCUGACCAAUCACGAACCUCGUCGUCUGAGGCCUGUAACAUCACCAUGGGGCUCCGUAGCACUAAACCCGAUGACAGUAGUGACGAGUUACACAGAGAGCUGCUGUCUGAGGUCGAGAGGCGCGGCGGCCGUGAAGCUGGAUCUAAAAAACAACGGCGGAAAAGUCCUACAUUGCCCGGUCAAUCUGUCACUCCAUAUCCCACGGGGACGUCUGAAGGCAAGCAGAGCGCGACCAGAACGAAUAUGGGCGGCCCGCAAUGGACAGGAGCGUUUUCAGCAGGAGUAGAACGGGGUCACAGAGAGCAAGACCUGUGGUUCUCAGGGAACCAAACAGGGAUUGAUGGUUCCUACCUGGGUUUCCUUCCACAGUCUCAGUCCACUCCGGGAGUUUUCAAGGCUCCACCCAAAUCUAGCGCCAAGGCUAAAUUCGGGCAACUUUCUGCCAUAGAAUCUAAUAAUAACUCUCAUCAGUCAAACACAGGGAUCACUCCACAGCCAGAUGUUCCUAUAGCUGAUGUCCAUCCACCAGACAAAGCAAAUCAGAGCCAAGAGGAAGUUACCUCUGCAAAAGUCCAAUCUCUCCCGAGUCUCAACUAUAUGCAGAAAGUCGACGCUUGGAGGGCAAAUCAGAGUUCAGGCAACAAGUCACUAUUUGACAGCUUGGCACUCCAAGGGUUUUCUGGCAUCUCUCCUAAAAAGAAAGCUUACGAUGCAGUUUCUGACCCCCUGAAUCACAUCCUGAGUCAGCAGGUGAGGAGUUUACAACCGCCUGCUGUUUCAAGUGCUGUCAAUCAGAACGUCACAGAGAGCUCCUCCACAGCUCCCUCUGGCUCUCCUUCAAGAAGAGGGGAGGCGGUGGGCAGUGCUCCAAGUGACAACGAUAACACUGGGUCUGCAACAAGACCCUCUGCCUCGCGCUUCGGCAGGUCACAGUCCCAAUCCUCUCUUAGCACCAUUGUCACGUCGGCCCAGAACGAUCAGCAGAAGAAAAGACCUGCAGAAGGAGAGAACAGUCAGAUUCAGGAUGAUGUCCUUUGUCAGCCGAGCGCCACAGUUCAACCGUCGCCUGGCCUGAGCCUCGGUCCUUUCAGUGACGUGUCACUCGACCUAAAUUUGACGCUCUCAAGUUCCCAAGAUAGUUACAACGGUGGAAUGAAAUUAGGAACCGGAGCGUCUUCGGUUGUCAGCCUGGAGGUCGAUAACUACGCGCCGCACUGGACUUCAAAACUAUCAACGCCACCACCUCUGCCCAAGCCGCGAGAGCUCAACAUUGAGGAGCGAAUUCCGUUGUAUCUGCGUAACCUGGGUAUUGACCAGUCUCCCUCAACAAUUUUAACUCCAUUCACACCCAGAGGGCCAAUCAGAGAGCCUGAAUUCUCUCCCACUGAUCUCUGUACAAUUCAAGGAUCAGUUGGAACACCAACCAAGAGCACCCAAACCUCUGAAGGUGGCAGUCCCAAUAAAAGAGAGUUUUCAAGGUGCAGCAUUCUGUCAGUGGACUCCAGUAUAUCCAUAUCGUUGAGCAUGGACAGUCUUGGUCCAGGUCUAUCUGUCCCAGACUGGACCAGACAGGCUUCUUCUUCAGACACAGAAGCUAUCCAGAGUAAACGCAGACUGGCAACCUCCUCCCUGCCUGAUGAAGACUCUUAUCCUUCCACCCAGCAACAGCACAUAGACAGCAGCUUAACCAGCAGCCAGAAUACCAUCCGGCUAGGAGACUUGGAGUCUCCCUCGCAAACGAGCCGUAGUUUGGAGCAAAGUGCAGAUCUUUCUAUCGUUGGCUCCGCUGCCUUGUUUGAGAUCCACAAACUUCUCUCUCAGAUGGAGAACGUGGUCUCUACUGGGUCUUCUGAGGCUUCCUCAUCCAACCCUGCAGUGCCCCAUCUGCUUUCUGACAAUGACGACAUCUUGCUCUCACCGAGGAAGAAUACCAGAGGGCUCCAGGACCCCUCAUUCUCCUCCUCCUCCUCUUCCUCCACUGAGGAGCCAAGAACUCAACCCGCUCUACUGUGGGCCAGGCCCACGUUGGACUCCAUGCUGACCUCAGAGAAACUGGAAGAAGGCUCCAUUGGUCAAGAGAGUAUGUCUUCAUUGGGGCAACCCAAUAAUUCAUUCACACAAGCUGCACCGAAUGUCGGUGCAUACAGACGACCACAAGAUGGCACCGUUAGUAGAGGUUCAGGGCCAUCCAUUGUCCUCUCCCAAUCAGCCCGGCGGGCAGAGCCUGAGGGCUGCAGUGCUGCUCCCCCUGACAACACAGUCCCACCACAGCCACCGUUCAUCACGCCUUCACCAGUUUUGAGCACACAACAGCUCACAUCUACUCCUGCAGACACAGAGGAGGGAAAACAGGCUACUCUGGAAGGUCCUGUAUGGAGCAGCACCUCCGAGGACACUGAUCAGGGCGUGACGAGUGACGGGAGCAGCGAGAGCUCGCUCGCAAUCAGAGUGGUGAAGUUGCUGCAGAGUGAAUCUCCAGCCACAAUGGGGUCCAGUACAUCCAGCAUCAUUGGCCAAGAGGAGAGCAAAGCCAGAGAGUGGAUUAAGCUGAAGAUAUUGGGACAGCAGUGUGAGCCUCUGGAGUUGGACAAAGAAGACCGAAAGAGGAUUGAAGAGAUCAAGAGAGAGCUGCUGUUAAGAAACCCUAUACAGAGUCUGGGGAGCACAGAUACAGAGAGCAGUGCAGGGUCCAGUGUCCGAGUCCUAAUUGGUCCGGAUCCACCUCAGCAAGCGGAGACACCCACUCCCCUUGGUGACCCCAACAACCAGCCGUCCCAGAUGCUGCAGGGCCUCAGCAUAAAGCUCUCUGGCUCUGGUGUGCAGCUUCAAAACCCUCUUCGCCCAAAUCUAGAGGCUCAGAUACAACAGAUCGCAGCAAGAGAAAGGGUAACCCUCCCUAGGACGAGCCUUCAGGCUCUCACAUCUAUCACCAUCACCAGCUGCAGGCGCUCCACCUCCCCUUCUCCCUCCACGUCACCUGCACCUCCCCUCAGUCCACCACCAGAGCUGCUCCACCUGUCCGAGCUCUCCAACAGAGCGGUAGAACACUCUAAAGUUAACAGCGUGAUUCUCCCUUCAAUGGAUGGAGAAGAGGAUGAGGUAGCCAGGAAGCCGGCAUUGGCCUUUGAACCAAGCAGUGACCUGACUCCUCUGUCAGCACCAGGGAAUCAGAAGAGACGAGACACUGUAGGAGGCCAGUUGGAAGGCCCUCCCCCACCCUCGCUGGGUUUAGGUAGGGAGGACGUGAACGCUGGAGACGACAACACACAAUCUUUCAGACGAGAUAACGACUUAUCCGUCCAGGACAGCUCUGUUUCUGGUGUUAGUCAUGAAGCCGAACAGGCGACAGGUUCAUCGGCAUCUGAACCCGCAGCCAUGACAGGUCACGUCUCACAUGUCCAUCUCACUCUGUCCCCCAAAGCCCCUGAUCACAGCUCGGCCAUCGCUGUCCGCUCCAGUCAUGUUGAUGCCGUCGCGGCGCUGCCACGUAAAGAAUUCGUCCCCCUCAGACAUUCUUCUGCCGCCAGCAGUCCGGACGAAGGAGUCGGUCUGUCCAGUCCAGCAGAGUGGUACGACAACACCGCUGCACCUCAGGGACGGAUGACCUCCACAUCUACACAGGGCUUUCCACCGCGAGUUGCUGUGUCACAAAGACCGUUCACUACUGAAACACCAGCAGUGCCUGUUCUGUUACCGUAUAAACCGCAUGGAAGUGAGGAGCUUUUCUACAUGCCUCAAACAGAAGCUGACGUCUCCUCCUUCGACCCUUCUGACACCACCAUGGAGAGCUCUCACACAGGCUCAGACGACGCUGUGCCCCCCCGCUUCAGCAGCGAGGUCCUCGGCCACAGAGACGCCGGGUUGGACCGCGGAGUCACCAUCAGACACUCGGAGGGCAUCUACAGCAAGAGGCUGAAAACAGCCACCUUCAAAAUGCACGAGCCGGGGCACCGAGAUGGAAACUUACCAACAACUCCAAAACCGUCUCCUCGGUUAUCGGGUACCAGAGUGCCUUCAUUAAGCAACCAGAGAGCCUCCAAGAGAGACCAGGGGACCAGCCCUGUGCAGUUCCCUAGUCAUGACCAACCAGAGCGAAGCCGUGUGAGAUUUCAGCUCGUUCAUGUGGACGACGACAAGGCGGGCCGUCGCCUGGGCAGAAGCUCCGCCCCCCAGGUAGGAGGAGAGCUCGACCAGGAGAGGAGGGACUCUCGCCUCCCUCCCCCAGCUGCCCGGCAGAGCAGCGGCGCUCUGGACCAGCUGUGGGAGAGCUUCUGUGAACAGUGGAGCCUGAAGGAGUCCCGACCGACCAGCGACAGAGAGGCGUCGCUGCUUGAGCGGCUGGAACGCCUGUCCUGUCUCAUUCAUAGCUCACGGAGUACAAACAAGUCAGAAGGAAAGCCAGCGUGGAGAGGAGAGGAUGCUGGAGAGGUGAAGAGGAGCGUCGGUUGUGAGGCCAGAGGAACGGAGAGGAAAGUCAGAGGAGGUAGAAAGGUCGAAGGUGAACCUCCCGAGGUCCCUCUUCAGGCCUGGACGCAGAGGCUUCAGGUCCAGACAACGUCUCCAUCUGCAGACGAGGACAGCCGGGACUCCUUCACCUCCAGCUUCUCCCAGAUCUCCUCCCCGAGUCGGCACCUCUGUCCCGCAGACAGAGACGAGUCGGAGACCUUGUCCACCGGCUCCGGCUCCAUGUCCACCGUGGACACGGAGCGGCUGACCCGAGCCUUCGGAGCGCACCGAGUUCAGCACCUGAAAACGAGCUCCGGCCUCCGUAAGCUGUACAGCACCAUCAACAAGCAGAAAGAAGGGAGGGAACAGAGGAGAGGAAGACACAAAGAGCCUCCUCACCUCAUCACACUUUUAGAGACCACCGGCACUGAGGAGUCCACAGUUGCAGAUGAUUCUACGACAUCGACCAGCACUCCCAGCCUCCCGUCCCACCGCGGCCCCUCCAGGACUCUGGCAGCCAAGAGGGCUGUUAAACUGGUCAGCAGAGGCAUCCAGGCAGGCGACCCGGAGCUCGUCAGUAAUGGGACCCGACGCCACACAAGAGAUGUCGGAACCACUUUCCCUUCGCCGUCCACCCAGAUCUCCUCUUCCUCGUCCGGCUUAGGAAGAGGAGGGCGGAGGAGCCCCUCGAAGAGUCAACAGAGGAAGAGCAAGAGAAGCCCACCGAAGACGUUCCCUGAAGGCGUUUCAUGGUUCAUCUCUGCUGACCACCUGAGGUCAGAGGCGAGGAAGGAGAACCGGCCCGAGGAAGAGGAGUCGCCGUGGAGACCGAGCACCGCCUGGUUUGAACCGUACAGCAGAAUCCAGCCAUGGAGGGAACCGCUGAGACAAGUCCACGAGGACGGGAACGAACCUGCUGAACCCGAUUUAGGUCCAAGAACCAAAAGGAUGUCUUCUGGUCUGGCUCGCAUCUCUCUUCAGGAGGCUCUGGAGAUGCGUCGUCCAGAGUUCAUCUCUCAGUCCAGGCAGAGAGUGAGGCGCCUGGCUCUGCAAGUGGAGGAGAGGAAUCUACAGGAAGUCUUCAGCAGAGAGAGACGCGAACUCUUCAGUCGGCCCGGAGGACCAGCGAGGCUGCCGAAGCCUGCAGGCGCCGCUCUGCUCAGGAGGGCUGUUCCCAGAAAAGAGAUGAUACAGAGAUCCAAACAAAUUUACGAGAGUCUUCCGGAGGUGCAGCGGAGGAGAGAGGAGGAGAGGAGGCAAACCGAGUAUCGAUCUUACCGGCUGAACGCUCAACUCUUCAACAAGAGGAUCACGAGCCGCGUCCUGGGCAGAAGAAGAGCGGCCUGGCAGGGAAUCAAACCCGUGACCUUUUUUAAUGUAGAUUAAACCAAUGAUGUGGAAGCAUUUUUACCAUUUUUAUAACAAAACUACCUAACUUAACUAAAAGAUACUUUUUAUUUAUUUGCGUCCAAAUUGUUUUAGUUGAUAUCUGAAAGAUUAUGUAGAAUUUUACUCCAUUAGAUACAAAUAUUUUUCUACUUCUACAAUGUGUUUUAAUGUAAAAAAAAUAAUAAACCAGAUUCUUUUAACAUUU